UUAAACCGAAGACGAUCAGCUGUUUUUGCCGCGCCAGGGUAUUUCUUUGUCUCUGAUCAGAGCUACAGGGGGACAUUUGUAGGUUUUGCACUCGUUGGUAACACUGCAGGUUGGCACUGGUUCCUCCGAUCAGCUAAAGAAACGUCAGAAUUUAUUUUGUAAAAGUGCAAGUUCGUCGUGAUUGGAUAAGUAGUGUUGUUGGUGAAAAAACGUCAGUUCAAUUCAUACAUGAAAUAUUAAUUGGAUGAGGUUAAAAGUCGGAUGAGCUCAUUAUACGGCUUUGUAUGUCGUUUAAGCGGAUUAUAUUAACUGUAGAUUUUGUAUAAUCUUCCAACAUUCACAAGCUAGUUGCCAACUGAUUUGGAGCACCAUGGCACUAACUAACAUUUUACUACUCAGCCAAAUAGCAGGAUAUGUGGUGGCAUUAUUUUUGUCAUUGUGCAUUGUUGUGCCAAUGAGUCUUCAUCAGGAUGAAUUCAGGGGGCACUGUCUACUAUUUUCUACGGGAGUUUGGCAGGAAACUGAUGGGCAGUUUGUUGUUAAUUGGGCCUCACAAGCAUAUUGCAAUUAUACUAUAUUUGUUGGUUUAAUUCUCUUUCUAACAGCAGCUGUCCAGAUUUACCGUCUUUCCAUGCUUAUGUAUCGAGGAGAAGAUAGUUCGUUUCUCUCAGCUUUUGUAGACAUUGUCAGUUCCAUUUUACUGACAACAGUGACAUUAAUUGCUGCUAUUAUUAUCACACUGGGAUUCAUGACAUGGUGCAAAUGUAUGACAAAACGAUUCCCAUCGUGUGAACUAGCUGCUGGAAAUGAUAUUGAUAAAGCAGACAAGAUUGAUACUUCAGGAUUUCAUAUCGAAUUGGGAGCUGCACAGUUUGGUGCAUGGAGUAGUUUAUCUAUUUGGGUUGGACUUUCAGUUUUUGCGGUUUUGAAAUUACUACGUUAUCAUCAGUUAGAGAAUAUGAAGGUCUCAAUGUAUAGAGAAAGACAAAGACUAAUUGAAGCUGCAGCAAGCAGUCAACAAUCAGGGCCCAGUUAAAACUAACAACACAAGCAUACAACAGACCCUAUCGUAUUACAGUGAUACAUGAUCAUGGUAACAUUACGUACAGUUAUAUAGACAUUUGUUAAAUUUAUAUAUAUCUUAUUAACUCCCUGAAGAUUUAAUAUUGUAGGGAAUUGUAUAUUUGAAUAAUUGUUUCAUUGUUUCUAUUUUUCAAAUAUAAAAAUGUCCUUAUACCAACAGUAUGUAGAUUCCAGGACAAAUGUAAUAGAUUUUUAAUUAACAAAAUACUUACUGGUAAUCGUGUAAAAUUUUUAAUCAACUUGCUUUAAUUGUCUGUUGCAAAGAUCGUAGUUUAAGAUAAUCAGAAUAAUUAUCUAUUGAGCGUAAUAAUUUCUUUCAUUCUUGUUAGCCAUAUAGUAUGAACUAUAAUCUACUGUAAACGAAUGAAAUUCUAGCAUCCAUCAGUCAGUAUUACGCACCAUACAACCGUAUCCACUAUAAGCGAUUAUUAUACACAGAUAAUUGCAAAAAAGAAUUUGAUAAGGAUUGGGAUAUAGAGAAGACUGUAAAUGCUCUGUCUAAUAAAAAGAAGAAUAUGUCUAAUGAUAUAAAUCAGACUGCGUUUAAUGCUCAUAUAUUUUAGAAUCGUGUAUAUGUAUUUUAUUUUAUACAAUUUAUUAGAGUUAAAUUAACGUAAAGUCAAAUCCUUUGACGAGCUAAUCAAACACCAUCGCAUUAACCUAAAUGAUAAGCGUUUAAUAUUAGGAGUAUUCUUGUAACAAAAUUAAAAAAGCGCCAGUGUACACCAUAUCAAGUAAAUAUAAAAACCUAAAGCUCGA